GCCCCAGUCUCUGGGGCGGGCCGGAGCCCGAGGAAGAGGAAGGGGACGAGGACAACGAGCGACGGGGCGGAGGAGGAGGAGGAGGAGGAAGAGGAGGCAGACCAACAAGAUGGCCCCUGCUGCAGGAGCAGCCUCAGCAGCAGGUGGGGGGCCGGAGGCGGCGCUGGUGGUGGCGGCGGCGGCCGUGGCCCGGCGGCCUGGGACAGAGUCAGAGUCGACGGUGGCAGCGGCGGCAGCGGUGGCUGCCCCGGCGGUGGCGACGGCCGCGGGGACUCGGAGCUGAGAGGAGCUACUGCUCGGACCAGCGCGGUUAUAUUUCACACUAUGUGCUGACUGUAUUUACAGAAGAUAUUUAAAAAAAAAAAAACUUUUUUCAAAGAUUUUGAUUCCAGUGGAAUCUUUGCUUUAGAUUUUGUGUGUGUGUGAGUAAAUUGUAACUCCAGAACAAUGCCUGUACAAGCUCCACAGUGGACGGAUUUCCUCUCCUGCCCAAUUUGCACUCAGACUUUUGACGAAACAAUUAGAAAGCCCAUCAGUUUGGGUUGUGGCCAUACUGUCUGCAAGAUGUGCCUGAACAAACUCCACCGCAAGGCUUGCCCAUUUGACCAGACCACUAUCAAUACAGACAUUGAACUCCUCCCAGUGAACUCAGCAUUGUUGCAGCUAGUGGGUGCUCAGGUUCCUGAGCAGCAGCCCAUUACUUUGUGUAGUGGGGUUGAAGAUACAAAGCAUUAUGAGGAAGCCAAGAAAUGUGUAGAAGAAUUAGCACUGUACCUGAAACCACUCAGCAGUGCUAGAGGAGUGGGUCUGAAUAGUACUGCUCAGAGUGUUCUGAGUCGCCCAAUGCAGAGGAAGCUAGUGACGCUGGUCCACUGCCAACUAGUGGAAGAAGAAGGCAGGAUUCGUGCCAUGAGGGCAGCUCGAUCUUUAGGUGAACGAACAGUUACAGAGCUCAUUCUCCAACACCAGAAUCCUCAGCAACUCUCUUCUAAUCUUUGGGCAGCAGUCAGAGCUAGAGGCUGCCAGUUCCUUGGACCAGCAAUGCAGGAGGAAGCCCUAAAGCUGGUUCUCCUGGCCUUAGAAGAUGGUUCUGCUUUGUCUAGAAAAGUAUUGGUUCUCUUUGUGGUGCAAAGAUUGGAACCACGGUUUCCUCAAGCCUCUAAAACUAGCAUUGGGCAUGUUGUCCAGCUCCUUUAUAGAGCCUCCUGCUUCAAGGUCACCAAACGUGAUGAAGACUCUUCUUUGAUGCAGCUGAAAGAAGAAUUUAGAACCUAUGAAGCUCUGCGGCGAGAACAUGACUCCCAGAUAGUGCAGAUUGCUAUGGAAGCAGGCUUGCGAAUUGCACCAGACCAGUGGUCCUCUUUGCUGUAUGGGGACCAAUCUCACAAAUCUCAUAUGCAGUCCAUUAUUGACAAGUUGCAGACCCCAGCCUCUUUUGCACAAAGUGUUCAGGAACUAACAAUUGCUCUCCAGCGGACUGGAGAUCCAGCAAACUUGAAUCGACUAAGACCCCAUUUGGAGCUAUUAGCAAACAUUGACCCUAGUCCAGAUGCUCCUCCUCCUACUUGGGAACAGCUAGAAAAUGGGUUGGUUGCUGUGCGUACAGUGGUACAUGGGCUGGUUGAUUAUAUCCAGAAUCACAGCAAAAAAGGAACAGAUCAACAGCAGCCUCCACAGCAUAGCAAAUAUAAAACAUACAUGUGUCGAGACAUGAAGCAGAGAGGAGGAUGCCCUCGGGGGGCCAGCUGUACAUUCGCACACUCACAGGAGGAACUGGAAAAAUUUCGUAAAAUGAACAAACGCCUAGUUCCCAGAAGACCCCUGAGUGCCUCUUUGGGUCAACUUAAUGAGGUGGGCCUGCCUUCAACAGCUAUCCUUCCGGAAGAAGGGGCAGUGGAUCUGCCUAGCAGAAAAACCCCUGCUCUGCCAAAUGGGAUUGUAUCAUCAGGGAAUACAGUAACACAACUGAUUCCACGAGGGACAGACCCCAGCUACGAGUCCAGUCUGAAACCGGGAAAGAUCGAUCACCUGAGCAGUAGUGCCCCUGGGUCUCCUCCUGACCUGCUAGAAUCAGUCCCUAAGAGUAUUUCUGCCUUGCCUGUUAAUCCACAUCCUGUACCUCCAAGAGGACCAACAGAGCUGCCCCCUAUGCCUGUCACUAAACCUCUUCAGAUGGUGGCGCGAGGUUCUCAGCUCUAUCCAGCACAGCAGGCUGAUGUUUAUUACCAGGAUCCUCGAGGAGCCGCUCCGCCGUUUGAACCAGCACCUUAUCAGCAGGGUAUGUACUAUCCACCACCACCACAGUGUGUGUCCCGUUUUGUCCGACCUCCACCAUCUGCUCCUGAACCAGGUGCUCCCUACUUGGAUCAUUAUCCGCCAUACCUCCAAGAUCGUGUAGUAAACUCACAGUAUGGCACACAGCCACAACAGUACCCACCUAUGUACCCACCACACUAUGAUGGCCGUCGAGUAUACCCUGCUCAGUCUUAUGCAAGAGAGGAGAUUUUCCGAGAAAGUCCUAUACCCAUUGAGAUUCCACCUGCAGCAGUGCCACCCUAUGUACCAGAACCCAGAGAAAGAUACCAACAAAUGGAAGGUUACUAUCCAGUGGCUCCACACCCAACUCAGAUCAGACCUUCAUACAACAGAGAGCCUCCGUACAGUCGGCUUCCGCCUCCUCCCCAGCCCCAUCCUAGUCUAGAUGAGCUACAUCGAAGACGAAAGGAAAUAAUGGCACAGCUAGAAGAAAGGAAGGUUAUCUCUCCACCUCCUUUUGCACCUUCACCAACAUUGCCUCCUACCUUCCAUCAGGAGGAGUUUUUGGAUGAAGACUUGAAGGUAGCUGGGAAAUACAAAGGAAAUGAUUAUAGCCAGUAUUCACCCUGGUCAUGUGACACUAUUGGCUCCUACAUUGGAACCAAAGAUGCAAAACCUAAAGAUGUUGUGGCAGCAGGGAGUGUGGAAAUGAUGAAUGUGGAGAGUAAAGGAAUGAGAGACCAGCGAUUGGACCUUCAGAGAAGAGCAGCAGAAACCAGUGAUGAUGAUCUCAUCCCAUUUGGAGACCGACCAACAGUAUCUCGGUUUGGUGCCAUUUCUCGAACUUCCAAAACGAUAUAUCAGGGUGCUGGCCCAGUGCAGGCUAUGGCACCUCAGGGAGCUCCGACAAAAUCUAUUAACAUUUCAGAUUAUGGUCCAUAUGGAACCCAUGGUGGCUGGGGAGGUUCUCCAUAUUCUCCUCAUCAAAACAUACCUUCUCAGGGACACUUCAGUGAGAGGGAGAGAAUAUCUAUAUCAGAAGUGGCUAGUCAUGGAAAACCCCUUCCGUCUGCUGAGAGGGAACAGCUACGACUAGAAUUACAGCAGCUAAACCAUCAAAUUAGCCAACAGACCCAGCUACGUGGACUAGAGGCUGUUAGUAACAGACUGGUGUUGCAGAGGGAGGCGAACACCUUGGCAGGCCAGUCACAGCCCCCACCACCACCUCCAAAAUGGCCUGGAAUGAUCUCAAGUGAGCAGUUGAGCUUGGAGCUGCACCAGGUGGAAAGGGAAAUUGGGAAGAGAACCCGGGAACUGAGUAUGGAGAACCAGUGUUCUCUGGACAUGAAAAGCAAAUUGAAUACAAGUAAGCAAGCAGAAAAUGGACAACCAGAACCACAAAAUAAGGUUCCAGCUGAGGACCUUACGUUGACAUUCAGUGAUGUGCCUAAUGGAUCAGCAUUGACACAAGAGAAUAUCAGCCUCCUGUCCAACAAGACCAGCUCUCUGAACCUGUCAGAGGACCCUGAGGGAGGAGGGGACAAUAAUGACUCCCAGAGAUCAGGAGUUACAUCCAGUUCUACUCCCUAAAAUAUGAGGAGUCCUACCUUUAUCUUCUGCUCCUAACCAGUCUGUGGGGCAUAGGGGUAGGAGAACAGAUAACUUCUUAAACUUUCUCUGAGAGUGGUCAGAGAAAUCCAGGAAAAGCACCGGAGGCAAUGUGCACAAACAUCACUACUAAAAACAAACUCUGCACAUAGUUCACAUUAAUGCAUUUUUUAAUUUAAAGAAAAAGAAAAUUAGCAGUAUCUGCAAGCAAUUCAGAUUAAAUUUGUUUUUGUUCUGUGAAUGAACUUUAUUUUAAUAACUUUGGACGCCUUGGAUCCAGGGCUUUAAAAAAAAAAAGAAGAUAUUAUAUAUACACUCUGUUUGAUUAAUUGUAUGAUCUUAAUGAAGUAGAUUUUUCUUGUAUUUUGGUAUUAUUACAUACCCAGUGUAUAAUUCCGUACCCCCAGUCCUCUCACAACCCCAUAAAUUACCACAGACUAAAAGACCCGGCCAUUCUGAGAAUUCUGUGGUGCUUGAGAAAUAGUAAUAGACUAGUUAUUAGAAAAUGUGCAGCAGAGCAACUUUUCCAAGAGCCAUUAUUUGGAAGCCAUAAUUUGCUUUCUUUCUGGGUCACAAGCUUCAUGUGUAGGGAGGUUUUUCAUAUGGCAUUAAAACUUUUUGUUGUUGCUCAGGAGGACUUUAUUUCUUGUUUUUGUGUUUAUUUCAGCUUUUCUGAGAAAUAAUUACCAAUUAAUUUUUGAAGACCUCAUUUUCAUAUCAUGAACCACUUUCAUUCUCUUAAUGUAAUCAGAAAUCCGAGUCAGUUUUAGAGUGCUUGAUUAGAUUUAAAUGGAAAUUAUUUUAACGAUGAUCUAUAAUUUUAUUAGCACUGAAAAUACAUAUUUAGUUUAUUACCUAUAUUGAGCUAAUGACUGGAAAUUCAGAGCAAUGCUUUCCCAAGUUCAAUUUCUGAAAUCAUAGAAUGUUCAAAAACCAGGACAAUCCACCAUAUUUUAAAACUGCUCAACACUUGAUUGAACUUAAAAUGAGCAGAGCCACAUUAUUUCAAUGAAUGUUUUGUUUUAUUCUCAAAAACCAAAAGUAGAAAAUUCCUAUAUACUGGAGCCCCUGGCUUUCAAGGAGAUUUGGCAAAUGAGAACUGCCUAAAUCUUAAGGAUAGUUUACAAAUUGAUCAGUAGUUGCCUUUUGGAACCAUUAGCACAAGUAGGUAGGUAGUAAGUACCUAGAAGUCAAUUUUGUAGACUUGGCUUCACUAUACUGAAAAGACUCUUCAUGAAAAUGUUGAAGAGAAUAAGGAAUAAUUUUUCUAAUUUAAUUCUGCUGCACAUAUUCUGAUGCCACAUGUCUAUACUGAACUAAAACCAUAUAAAAUGUGUUUAGUGGGGAUUAUUUGACAUAGUCACCCACCGUAUAUGUUUGCCUGAUUUUCUAGAAAUUUCCUUUUCUGGAUUAUACUGCUAAAACAGAAAGCACUGGUUAUGUAAUAAGUUACUGCAUUGCUUUGGUUGGGUAAAAGCAAGAGUUUAUAUUUUUCUUGUUUCUUAUUUUCUUAACCCGUAACUCCUGCUGAGGUCAUAACCACCUCAGUCUAAGCUCUGUGUCUAUCAUACUAUUAAAUGAAACAAUUGGGGGGUAAGGGAGGGGGGAGGGUAAUACAGUCCUGCCAUUGCCUACCAGUAGGAGAGUCCAAACAGAACACUCUUUUGAGUAGCAAUUAUUUAAUUUGCCCAGUCAAGGCACCGUGUUUAUAUACUAUUUCACAUUGAAUUUGAUUAUGCCCUACAGACCUGGCUGGUCAAGGAUUUGAUAUACACAUAUUGGCUUGGGAUUCGAGCUUUCUUUUUUAUUUAAAUAAAAAUUUAUAUAUAUAUAUUAUAUAUAUACAUAUAUACAUAGCUAUAUCUGUAUAUAUAUUGGGUAUGUUUUAUGGAUUUUUUCGCAUGAGCGCAGCUGUUGCGAUAAAAUGACUGAUUGGGAGGUAGAAGCACUGAAUGAAGAUGAGGCAUUUUAUCAGUUGAUAUCCAUAUUUUCCUAUUUUUUAAAAGUACAUUUGCUUUUUUGCCUUUUUUCAUUUAUUUUGCUUAAAACCCUCUUAUAUUUACUAUUUAAGUACUUAUUGUUUUGGGGAGGAGAAGGAGAGAAAUUUUAUGUCUGACAGAGUCCUGAGAUCUUUAAUUUCUCUCUCUAACCAUAAAAGGCAACAUUCUUGGCCUCUAACCUUCUGUAGGCAGAUUUGGGCAGAUCUUAUUUCUCCUUUGGACAUGUUAGAUAAUUCCUAAAUUUUAGGAGCAGUUGGUUCAGUUUGGAAUUCAGAAUGAUUCUGGUAUUAAAAAGAAAUUUAUGGGUGUUGAUUUUGUUGAAAUAUGGAGUAAAAGUAAAAUUCCAUUUUGGGUAUCUGUUGAAACCCCUAAUAACUUAAGUUCUGUUGUUCUUGUUUAUUUCCUUCAAAUACAGUCAUUCUUUCACCAUUUUGAUUUUCUAAGCUAGGUAGAAAGAGAGAUUAAUUUAUGUUUUCCUGUUCUGAAUAAAACCAGAAAGCCACUGUUUUAAACUGACUUAAAAUAGUCUCUCUUUUUAAGGUAUUUUCAUGGAGUGAGGAUGGGGGAUCUCUUAAAUUAGCCUUAAUUCUAUCUAUACCUCUCUAAUACUCCACCCUUGAGAGGAAAUCUGGGUGGGUAGAACAGCAAGAGGAAGGUAUACUGUCCCACUGUGCCUGUAAGAUGAACCUAUAGUGGUAAAUGGCCUGUUUUGGCAAAACCGUUUGGCUUUUUAACUGCUUUUUUCUUAAAAUCUGUGAAAGAUGCUGACUUUUCUGGCUUCUUAGAUUUAUCCCCAGAGACAGUUAAAACGAUGAAGCCAGUCAGAUAGGAAAUUCCAUCUUUAGGCUUUUUACUUAUUCAAGUGUUAAUUUCUUCUGAAUUAAAAGGCAAUACUCAGACAUCUGAUGGAAGUGAACACUUUUGAAGGGUUAAGGUAGGAGUAAUAAGCAUUGCUUUCAGUUCUGUUUGGAUAACACCAUAAUUUUAUUAUAACCAGAGUAUAAAAGUACUUUGACCUUUUCUUUAUUCAUUGGGUCUUAGGAGAAGGGUAGAAGAACUGAGAAUAAGAUAUCUAGACUCAAUUUUCUGACCUAUAUGUAGUUUUUUCUUCUUACUUACAGAUACUGUCAUAAGUUCAGUAGCUGCCAUGUCUUGGGUAAUUUACAGAGGCUGACAUGACCAAAGAUCCAUUCCUUGUUACUUUUCUAAUCAAAAGAAAAAUUAGUUAUAGGUUUCUAGUAAUAUUCAAAUAGUAAGACACUAUUUUUAAUACCAGCUACAAAAUACUUAACUACUCAGAAAGUAUAAAAAUAUAUUUCAUACAGCAUUAAUAUGGCUAAUUUCCUUUUCCCAUUUUAUUUCCCUUUCCUUCUCCUAGUCUUUCCCUUUUUUUUUUUUCGGUCUGAAAGACCUAAAAUUGGUAUGAUUCUCAUUUGCUAUCUUGAAUAUGUAACUCCAUCAGAUUUUCCAUAGGUCUUCAAAGUUGGAGCUUAAAGUUUGUUUUUGUUUUUCUUUUUUCUCUGGCCCUUCUCUGUCUUGCAAAUUCCCCUUGAUUUACCCACUGCCCUCCCCAAUCUGCAACAGUAACAGUUUGCUGCCUCAAAACAGAGCAUUCAAAUGAAUUCGCUUAGCCAAUAACUUCUGUGAAGUUGCCUUUUCUAAUGGUGUUAUUACUCAGUGAUGCACAAAUGUGGUAUUUGCCCUACUGGUAGGCAAACAAAGGUCUGAUUAGGAAUGGUAAUCUGCUGUUUUCUUUAAAGGAGAGCCAAAGACUUGUGCUUUACUCUGUUUUGGUUUGGGAGGAAAUAGUAGCCAUUUUGAUUGUGAAACCUCUUAGUAUUCGUGAGUUGAUUAUACUGUGUAGGGAGAUAUAUCUAAAGUUAACUUUUAAAGUUAGCUGGCCUUAUAAAAUAUAAAAGUAAUGAAAAUCCAUUAGUUUUUCUAAAACCAUGAAUGUCAUCUUUUAUAGUAUUGUGUGUAAGCAGGUCCUCCCCCAUAUACUGAGAUUGUGUUGUUAUGAUAGCUUGUUAUAUUUUUGUUAUUUUACUUGUGCCUAUAGGACAGUCUACUGUCAGUAUGAUCAAGUCUUGGGACUGAGUAAAAGAAUCCAUGAACAUGUGAUUGGUGAAAAAUAAUUAACUGUAGUUAGUACCUGUUAGAUUAUAUUCAGAUUCAGAGAAAAAGAUUCUUUUCACUAAAGAUAAAGAGUACUCGGUUGCUGUUGCUUAUAUAUAAAUGGUGAUAGAUGGAGAUCUAACCAUCUCUUUUCUGCUUUCUUUUUGCUCAUUUUAAAGAGUUGAGUAAAGGUUUCAUGUAUAAACUGUGUCUGUGAAAAGCACUUGUAAUGUUUUAUAUGUCAUUAAAAGGCCCAGUUACUUUUUAGGGGAAAUUAAGAACCUGUCUGCAAAUUAACUGCAGUGUUUACUUAGGUUUUUACCCUAAAAGUCCAAUUGUGUUUUGUUGUUAUUGAUGAUAGAUGAUUAUUGUGUUUGCAAGGUGAUAUCUUCCUGAAAAAUCUGCCUAUCCUUUUAGGUAAAAAUUAGGGCAUAUUUUAUGUUCUACAUUAGGGAUUGAAAAAGUAAGCAGUCUACUGCUGUCAUCAUUUUACCUGACUGCGCAUUUUGCUGGCCUAUAUGCACACUUUUCUGCCUUGGACAACUAUGGUUUUUAUAUUUAUUUGUGGCUUCAACUCAGCUUUAUGAAAUUUUCCUGCUGAAAUUACUUAUUGGGAAUUACAGGUGGAUUGCAGUUAAUAUAUUUUUUAAAAUUCUUAUUUCAACUUUACUGAACCACUUGGAAAAAGAAAGAUGUUUUUGUCAAAAGACACUAUUAAUUAUAGUAAAUGCCAGCUACAAUUUGAUUCUUAAGAUUUUCUUUGCUAAAGAUGUUUCCACAUGUUUUAGAUUCUAACUGAUAGUAACACUAGCAGCAACCUUACUUAAUAAAAAAACUGCCACCACCAAGAAGUAACACCUUUUAAUAAUAAAUAUGUUCCCAAUGGGUGAGUUUUCAAUACUGCACUGAACAAAGUGGGUAAAGAUCCCUUUGAAAUCCUAUUGUGAUAAAGGGACUAACCUCACCACUGGAAUUACAGAGCUUGUGAGUUUUCAGCCAAACACUGAACUUCCCCUAAACUUUAUUCCUGAGCAGAACAUCCCGAGAUUAAUAACUUUUAUUUUCAAAAGAAAAUAAGGCGCAAUAACCCAAGAGAGAGAGAACUUAAAAUAAGCCUCACGACAAAAUAUUGUGUCCAAAAUAUGUAUUUAGAAAAAUAAAAUCCUGUGGAGUUUGUUAUCCUAAUAUAUGUUAUAUACUAGAUAAGGUGAUUUGUUUUCUUGUAUUGAGGUCUCAUUGUUUCUAGUUGGGGUUUUUUGUGGUUUUUUCUUUUCUUUUCUUUUUUUUUGGUUUUGUUUUGUUUUUAAUUUAAACUCUUAAGUAGACAGAGCUCACAAGUCUUUGGCAUCCAUUCUAGGUUGUACACUCAAGAGUCAUCUUAUAACUGGAAACUGUCAGGUGGCCCCCUACUUCAACUCCAGCUGAUGUAUGAAAGGAUCAAGAAAAGAAUGGAAGCAAACUAUUGGGUGGAUAAUCAGUAGCUUUUUUUUUUUUUUUUUUUAAGAAAUCACCAUUUAUUAGCAUAAUCUUUCUCCACUAAUUGACUGCCAUUCCCACAAUAAUAUUUGAGCCACCCUGUAAUAUGUUCCUCUGAUUUCAAGGCGUUUUAAGCUUUUGCUUAUCAUGUUUACAUCCUCUGUUCAACUAAGACACUGUUCUGAGAGCUACUUUUUCCAAGUAUAUUGUUGCCUAAAUUUCCUUUAUUUCUUCUUCAUCCUUUCUCUUCUUCCUACAUUCUGGGAAUGAAAGGAACUUAGAGGAGAAAAGUUGAUUUUUUUUUCCCCUCAUUGAUGCAUAGGCUUCAUUAUUUUACUUUAUAAUAAAUCUAUGACUUUUUAGAACAACAGAAAUGGAAGAAGUGAAUUAAGAUAAUGAACAAAACCUUUCACCCACUUAAACAUUUUCCAGUUGUGAGAUUCCUCUUCUUGUGUGUGGUCUCUUCCCCUUGUUACCUCUCUUCCCCUUUUCCCCUGACUACAGUCAAUUUGGUCUUUAGGCUCAUACCAGUCUCCCCGAGACAUUCUGCAGUCAUUAUCACCUUUUUGGGUGGAUUUUAUUUUGUUUGUUUUUUUUUAAUAACUUUUUAAUAUUGAUGCAUAUUUGCUUGGGAUAGAGCUUGUGUAAUUUACCAAUCGUAUUGAUUGUAUGUGAUUGUGCCCUGCAGAGGUAUAUUUAACAAGACAAAAAUAAUGUAGGUUAAUAAAGGAGCCCAUGAUAUUUGAGUCAGGUUAUAAAUGACCAUGAAAUCAUUUACAGUUUGAAUAGUGAAAAUUUAUGUCUCCUAUUCUUAAAUUAGUGCUAGACAGAAUAUCAUUUUUAAAAGUUUCUGUGCAUAUCUGUUAUUUUCCCCUUACCUUAGCUCCCUGUUCUUUCUCACCUGCCUCACCCACCUGUUAAGAAUUAAAACUAUUGAGCCUUAAAGGGACAGCUCAUUUUUAAAUUGCUAAAGUUUGUGAAAUUGUACUUUUUCCAAGUGUUUCCAACUUUUCUUUAAAAAGUGAAGACAGAUAAUGAGUUGGAAUUUCACAAGCUGUGAAAUUAGCAUCUGGCAAGCUGUGAAAUCUUACUAUUUGAAGACGUUAUCUCCUGGAAAUUCUUUGGGAAUAGGAAAGAAGAACCCUGUUUUUGAAGUAGACCAUUUUUCUCUCUUUAAAAAUCUGUUUAUAUGUUCAAUUUUUAAAUGGCCUUUAAAAAAGUGAGGUGGGGAAAAGUAGUAAUAGAUGUUUAGGACAGCUAAAUGCUGGGUCUGAGUAAGUAUAUAGUCUACUUGUUGCAGGGUUUUGAGAGGAUGAGGCCAUCUUGUUAAACCUGUGUGCAUGCUGUUUAUAUCAAAAUUGCCACUUUUGUUAAAAUGGUGAUAUUUUCUUUAUUAUCUUGGAAACUGACUCAGCCUCAUGUUGCUCCAAAUUAGUGUUUAAGGCUCCCAUAAGUUGCAGAUAAAAGGAUUAUUUUAACAAGUAGAAGGAGGUGAUUCGCCUUUUGGUUUGUAAAUAUAUGAAAGUGUCUACAAGGUCUUUAUCUGCUUUCUGUCAGCAUUUAUAUUAAAUGAUAAAUUAAUGAGGA